GAGAGAGAGAGAGAGAGAGAGAGAGAGAUAAAGAGGGAGCCUAAACCUCUUCCAAACAUACAUGUGCUCAUAAAAGCAUGAGACUUGAAAGAAGUGAUACUGAAUACCGUGUAUCAUUUCAUUUCAUUUAACAUAAUUUGUAAUAAUGGACGUCAUCCUCAAAUGCAAGAAGACCCACAAGGCUUCAACAGAAAAAUAGGACCAGUAAUGCUAUGAAAAGAUUCCCAAAUCACACUAUAAAUUUAAAUCUCAGAAGUCCCAUCUCCAGUCCAUUUCCAUGUCAGUGGCCCCGGUACCAGUUACAACAUCUACCAAGGAGGAAAUCUCUGGCAGUGGGGACUCUCCAGAGGUGGAAUGCCCCGUGUGCUAUCAGGAAUAUGAUCAAGAUCGCAAACUCCCACGCAUGCUGGAAUGCCUUCAUGUCUUCUGCACAGAAUGCCUUCAUAAUAUCCAGCUGUCACCUCUCCACCCACCUGAUCCUAACAGCCCUCCUUCCAUUUCCUGUCCUCUGUGCCGCCACUCCACCCCACUAGAAAGUGGUGAUGCACACUCCCUCCCAUGCAAUUCCCGUAUCCUUGCCCAGCUACCUCCUGUGACUUUUCGCCUGCCUGUGUCAGUCUCCACCCGGCUGGCUACUGUCACUCAGAGGGUGAUCCUGUCUCUGGAGUCACGGGAUGCUCGAUUUAUUAUUUUACCCACAGUCAGCCUACGAGUGGAGCAAAUGGGUGAGGGCUCAAGCACACCUGAGUCCAUAUCAGCUACAGUGGAGGGGUUGAGGAGGAGAAAAAACCUGAUGUGUGUCCAGAUGCUGGUUGUAAUAUUCUGGAUGCUUUUUGUCCUCGCUUGCGUGGUAGGAGUGUUGUUUGGCCCUAAUUUGUUCCACAACUAAAAGCCAGAACAACAUUGGAAAAAAGGAAAAGGAAUAAAUCUAUUAUAUUUAAUUUAACACAGAAUUAACAAAAUAAAUCAGAUGAAAUUUAGGAAACCUGAAAAUUCACUGCACUGCAUGGUAUUCUCUCUCUCUCUCUCUCUCUCUCUCUCUCUCUCUCUCUCUGUGUUUUAAUAUGUUUAAAUUUUGCAUACACUAGAACCACUAAUUACUACCUUCUCUUUUGUAGCCUUGAAUUCAAUGCCAAAUGAUCUAAAUCCAAAUAGUGUGUAAUGGAUUUUAAAAUAUCUGAAUAAACUGGAAAAUCAAUGUGAAAUCCAUACUCAUAUUCCCAGUCUGCAUUGUUACAUCUUUCCUAAUAAACUGAUAGGAAUCAGACAUUUGGAUUAUACAUUUAAAUGAAUUUCAAUCUUCUUCUUAGAUUGAAAAUCUGAGAAAUCCCUAAAUUGUAGACAUGCCCAGUCCUAAGUGGGAGUUUAUUAAGGAUCGCAUGGUGCCCUCUUGUGGAUAUUAUAGGAAUAUACACGGUUCUUUAAUGUUUUUUGGACGAUCAAUGAUUGUAAUUUACUAAAUGGACUUCCGUUAGCAUGGUAUAGGAUAUGACUUAGAACCGUUGAAGAGUCACCAAAUUAAAUAAUAUCCUUUUUUCUUGAGUGUGCACUGGAUGAGGUAGUGCAGCACAACUAAAGUCUAAUUGUAACAUAUUCACUAUAGCUCAGUGUUCAUUAAUCCUAAAUGGUACCAUUAGUGCUUAACCUCAAAACCCAGUUUAACUUGUCAAGGGCUUGAAAAUGCACCAUUUCAUUUAUGUGUUUUUGCCCUACCAGGACUAAUUAUUUCCAAAAGUAUGUGAUAGAAAAAAUUUAGUUUUAAGUGUAGUGAAUUAAGAAAUUUUUCAGAUUAGGAUUUUUUUUCAUCUAGUAAAUAGAUAUCUUAAUUAUAGAUUGUCUGGUUUAUUAUUAUUAAGUAAUUUUUGAUUAUUACAAUUUCAGUUGAAAAUGCCUCAAAAUUUAUUAAAGUCAUUAAAGAACUUUGUUAAUCCCACUGCAAUUAUGUCUGUGUGGGAGUUGGAUCUAGAUGUUAGGACAGUGAUUUGCAAUGAAGGAGCAAAACAUGCUGGAAUGGCACCUGAUUAUAAAUAGGACAUGCUGCAUUUGCCGAGUAUCUGAUUUGUCUCUUGGUGCUUAAUGAGAGUAUGGUGUUGGCUUUAUGUUCCUAAAACUGAAUUGAUUCGGUAAAACCGAUUUGAUCUGGUAACACUAUCAAAAGUCAAUCGUAAGUUAACAUGAUUUAUAUCUGAAUCAUUGACAUACAUUGUGCAGGAUGAAAGGAUGUGUGGUAAAUUGGGUUGGCAGGUGGGGUGGAAAGGUGAUUGCUGCUACUAUGAUUCAUCCUUUUGACCACAUCUACUGUAUACUCACGACUGAUUUCAACAGAAUAGAAACAAAUUGAAAUGAUAUAACAGUAAAAGAACUCAAACACAACUAGACAGAUAGUGAUUUGUUUAUGUACUGUUAGAUAUUACAAUUUCUGUUAAUUAUGCCAAAUAUAUUUGAGUAGGACACAGGGUUUUUUCCCCUUGUUGAUUUAGACAGAUGAAUCCAUUAGCCACAAUCUACAGAGGGUCCAGUUAUAAGUUUAGCUCAUAAACUCACAAAAACCCCAAUAAAGCACAUUUGACCUGAAAUAA